AUGUACGGAUUGUACAUUUGCGACAUUUGCGUGUCGCAGUUAAUGAUAAAUAAGGAGGUGUACAAGGAUACAGAGGGGUCGAAGCUUGUUGCGAAAGUGGUCUUCAUUAAUCUCCCAGCCACCGAGAUCGUUGAACGCAAUCGAUACGUUAAAGACGGAAUCAUUUACGUUUACGAGUUCAACAACGGCCAGUCUUUUCAUUUCUCAAUGCCGUGCGAACAACUCGUCAAGAAGAUGAAGAUGAUCUCUUUAAAUAUCGGCGUUUUCAGGGGGGAAAUUGGCGUGCAGGGUCCAACGCCGUUUGUAUUUAGAGGCCCGUUUGAACUCGUGGACGCUGGCAACAGUUUCGCUGGCUAUUUAGAUCUCGACGUUACGGUUACUAAUUUAGGAAGAAGCGUCGUGACUCCGUAUGCCCUCGCGCCCAAUUGCUUCGUCUUCAAAAACCACCCCGACGGACCAGAAUAUAAGUGCAGCACGAAAGAAUUAUCGAAACUACCCGGAAGGACCAACGUAUUAGUCGGUGAUAAUUUAACGGCUAUGGGAAAUCUCGUGAUGGACAAUCUGUUGGACACUGCUCCACAUGGCAAUCUGAUGAAAGAUGUCGCUGGAAUUUCUUCGGUGGCUGAUCACCUUGCUCUGGGCAGUCCACCCCCUAAAUUUCCGCGGCCGCCUUUGGUGGAUCCAACGCUGGUCACGCGACAUUUAAAUCGUCCGAACCACCCGGAACACGUACGUACGUGUAGCACUUACAUACAUUUACAUCGAAUUAACCUCGGCCAACCUGGAUGGAAACAGGUUGCCUUU